CAUGUUUACCAUGCAUGGUGCAAGAAAAACAUCUAUUACACUAUUAACCAAUAAAUGUCAAAUAGACAAUAAAAACGGCAACGAAGUAAUCGAAGUGAGAAAAGAAGAUAAAAAGAAAGAAAAUAUAGAGAACAGACAAAAAUCUAACAAAAAAUCGCCAAUUUUUUAUUCAUUAUCGUUGAUCGUGUUGCAUGCUCUGGACGCAAUACUUUUAAUCAUUCUUUUACCAUUCAUAAUCUGGCAAUGGAUUUCUGCUAACGAUCGUUUAAAGAUCAUUCUGAAAGCCGUUGUAGAAGUUACGUUAGAAUUAAUUAUGUGGGUGAUUUUCGCUGGAGUAUCAGUUCUUAUGACUAUGACAUUCGUUAUGGAAGAUCUUUAUUACGGAAAAAACGAGCAGGAGAAAUUGACAAACCAAUUGCAAAACGCAAUGCAAAACGAAACAAUGUUGAAUGUGAAUGAAACGCCAAAUUUAUUGAAAGAACAAGACAAAGUCAAAACUGUUGAGAAUUGAGAUCGAUCGAUUUUACUUUUUUACUCCUUUGUCCUAUUAUUUUUUAUUAUUUAUUUUAUUGGUUUUUAAAUGAAGUUUUCUGUAUCUAACUUUUUGUAUCUUUUUAGAAAAAUACAAUUCUUUAUUCAUAAA